CAACCCCCCACCUCCCCCUGCAUUCUGGAUCCGGAGCCCGAGCAGCUCCUGCCGUUGCCACCGCUGCCCUCCGCGCCCCCUCCCUCCCGGCCGUCUAAGUCCUGCCCCGUCCCUCGGCUGUGCUCCAGGAGACAGAAGCCCCGCGGGGUCAUGCCCCCCGUCCCCCAGAGGACCCCCAGCCUGCUCUGAGCCGUCGCCUCGGGCCGCUGGGCCAUCCGGGCCAUGGCCAACUCCGGCUUCCAGCUCCUGGGCUACUUCCUGGCGCUGGGGGGCUGGGUGGGCAUCAUCGCCAGCACGGCCCUGCCCCAGUGGAAGCAGUCCUCCUAUGCGGGAGAUGCCAUCAUCACGGCCGUGGGUCUCUACGAGGGACUCUGGAUGUCCUGUGCCUCUCAGAGCACCGGCCAGGUGCAAUGCAAGCUCUACGACUCUCUGCUGGCCCUGGACGUCCACAUCCAGACUUCAAGAGCCCUCAUGGUCGUUUCCGUGCUCUUGGGCUUCAUCGGGGUGGUCGUCAGUGUGGUGGGCAUGAAAUGCACCCGCGUAGGAGACAACAACCCUGUGACAAAGGGCCGGGUUGCUGUCUCUGGAGGUGCUCUCUUCCUCCUGGCAGGGCUCUGUACACUGACUGCAGUCUCCUGGUAUGCCACGCUGGUAACCCAGGAGUUUUUCAAUCCCAACACACCAGUCAAUGCCAGGUAUGAGUUUGGGCCAGCGCUGUUUGUGGGUUGGGCAUCUGCCAGCCUCAUCAUGCUGGGGGGCUCCUUCCUCUGCUGCACCUGUCCUGAAAGAGAGAGACUCAGCCCCCAGCAACCCUAUCGAGCUGGGCCUGCCUCUGCGGCUGCUCGGGAACAAAUUGUAAAAGUGCCUGCACCCAUGAGGGGAGACCCAGGCUUGUAACCUAGCAGCCCCCAUCUCUGGCCCCCUCCCAGGCCCCAGCCACUCCCGUCCCUUUCUCUUUUAUUCCUUGUCUUUCCACCAGGGUGGAAAGCUAUGCUUCUGUGACUUUAGUCCUCUAUGCAAAGAGAAGUCCUGAUUUGUUUUUCUUGA